CGUCUCUCUUUCCUCUUUCACUGGUUCUGGGUGGAUUCGGUGAAAGCUUUACGUGAUCCCACUAUGCCAGACCUUCGUAAUGGAUUCCCUUUCUCUCUCGUGAUAAGCUCUUCGCGUCAGUCUUGUUUUCUAUCUGCUUCACCUUCAUGUGUGAUUGGUUUCGAUUUCUUUUUCAGAGCCACAUAAAAAGAGUUCAAUCUCUCCCAAGUUUCGGAUUUGAAGUAUUUUGCUAAAGGAGGAAGAGUAGAAAGAUCAAAAUGGGGAAUAGAGGAAGCAGCAGCAACGGAGGUAACAGUAGCAGGCGGAGACAUGGAAAUCAUCAUCAUAAUCAUCAAAACGGCCACCCACCAACGCCGCCUCCGCAACCUCCUCAACCUGAAACCAACGGAAAUCGCUACGUCUUCGCUGCUGCUACCCCAUAUCCUCCUCAAUACCCUAACCCUAACCCACCUCAGUACUACCAGUACUCUGGUUAUUACCCACCACCACCGCCUCAAGUCCCGCUGCCAGCCCCUUUCGAUCACGUCCUCCGCCAUGCUGCUGCCGAUCCUGCGGUCCAGGUGAACUGGGUUGGGGGUGGCCGCUACCCUUGUGGUCCUGUUCCCCUUCCGCAACCUUACGUCGAGCACCAGAAGGCCGUUACCAUACGUAACGACGUUAAUCUUAAAAAGGAGUCUUUGAGGGUCGAGCCUGACGAGGAGAACCCCGGCCAGUUCCUAGUCGCCUUCACCUUUGAUGCCACUGUUGCUGGAAGCAUCACUGUCAUCUUCUUUGCAAAGGAAGGUACAGACUGUAACCUUACACCACUGAAGGAAAACCUACAACCAGUCACAAUAUCCUUCCAAAAAGGUCUGGGUCAGAAGUUCAGGCAGCCAUCAGGAACUGGAAUUGACUUCUCAAUGUUUGAGGAGACUGAAUUAACAAAAGAGGGUGAUGUGGAAGUUUAUCCCCUUGCUGUGAAGGCGGAGGCAAUGCAUCAUGAUGACCAUAAUGAAUCCGAGGCAGAAAACCAAAAGCCAGAAAAUUCACAGAUCACCCAAGCCAUCUUUGAGAAGGAGAAGGGUGAGCUCCAUGUGAGGGUGGUGAAGCAAAUUCUGUGGGUGAAUGCAAUGAGGUACGAGCUACAAGAAAUUUAUGGGAUAGGAAAUUCAGUUGAAAGUGACUUCGAUGGGAAUGACCCUGGGAAGGAAUGUGUCAUCUGCCUGUCGGAACCUCGGGACACAACUGUUCUACCUUGCAGACAUAUGUGUAUGUGCAGUGGCUGUGCCAAGGUUUUGAGGUACCAAACAGACCGAUGCCCAAUCUGCCGGCAACCGGUUGCACGGCUUCUGGAGAUAAAGGUCAAUAGCAAAGCUGAUGACUGAAAAGAGCAGAAGUUAAACAAUGUUGUAAAGCUCUUUAUGUUAGUGACACCUUCCAUACAACUCCCCUUUUACAUACCCCACCGGGCUUGCAAAAUAAUGAGACUGAAAUCAUGAUAUGGUAUGCAGUUUUUGGGCUCUACCUUGGAAGUAAAUGUUCUUCUUCCUCAUGCGGGUAUGUUCUUUCCUGAAAGACUAUUAUAUUUUGUCU